CUCCCCUUGCUCACUUGCUACCUUCCCUGGAUCUGUAGUGUCCUCUUUUCUUUUGGCUCUUCUUUUGGUUUCUUCUCAAUUAGAGUGAUAAUAACAAUCAUUCAACCAAGAAAACGACAGAUAACGCUUCUCCACUUCUACAUUUCAGAAAACCUCAACUGCAACUUCAAAAGGUAAAAAAAAAAAGAUCAACACUAAAGACAUUUCUUUCAAACCAGCUUUACUUUAUUUCGCUUUUCUAUAAUAACACAGAAAAAGAUAUACAAAGAUGGAACUUCAGAAGCUAUCAAAUGGACACCAUCAGGAAUUUCAGCCUCUGGAAGAUGGUUUCUCACCAGAGCAAGAAAAUUUUUUACCACAUAAGAGCAAUGGGGAAAAAAACCACCAGUUUACAGAUUUUGAAGGGAAGACCUCAUUUGGAAUGUCUGUGUUUAACCUCAGCAAUGCUAUCAUGGGCAGUGGAAUCCUGGGACUGGCGUAUGCCAUGUCCAACACUGGCAUAGUACUGUUCCUGUUCCUGUUGAUAUGCAUUGCUAUUCUUUCAUCUUAUUCUAUCCAUCUCCUUCUGAAGAGUGCUGGAGUUGUGGGUAUUCGUGCCUAUGAGCAGCUGGGCAAGAGAGCAUUCGGUCACCCAGGAAAAAUACUGGCAGCUGUUGUCAUAACAGUGCACAACAUUGGAGCAAUGUCUAGCUAUCUCUUCAUUGUGAAAUAUGAGUUACCUUUGGUCAUUCAAGCCUUUUUGGGUCUUCAGCAUGGCAGUGGACAGUGGUACCUGAAUGGGAACAAUUUGAUCAUCAUUGUGUCGAUCUGUAUUAUUCUUCCACUGGCUACGAUGAGACAGCUUGGGUACCUGGGCUACACCAGUGGUUUCUCACUGACAUGCAUGGUUUUCUUCCUCAUCUCAGUCAUCUAUAAAAAGUUCAACAUCUCCUGUCCUCUGGAUGAUUUCAGCAAUCACACCACAGUCAACAUCACAAUAGAAGAAGAAUGUGAGGCCAAGUACAUCACUAUCAACCAGCAGACGGCCUACACAGUUCCCAUUUUGGCCUUUGCAUUUGUGUGCCACCCUGAAGUGCUGCCUAUCUACACUGAAUUACGCAACGCCACUAAGCGACGCAUGCAGGCCAUCGCCAAUGUAUCCAUCCUAAGCAUGUUUGUAAUGUAUCUGCUGACCGCAAUCUUUGGGUACCUCACUUUUUAUGGAUAUACAGAGCCAGAGUUGCUGCACACGUACAGUAAAGUGGACCCUCUGGACAAACUGAUCCUGUGCGUGAGACUGGCUGUACUGGUGGCUGUCACAUUGACUGUGCCUGUGGUGCUCUUCCCGAUUCGGCGAGCUCUAAUGCAGCUGAUUUUCCCUGAGAAACCUUUUCAUUGGGCUCGUCACAUAUCCAUUGCUGUGUGCCUCAUCUUUGCUGUCAAUUUGCUUGUUAUCUUUGUACCCAAUAUCCGAGACAUCUUUGGCAUCAUCGGUGCCACCUCUGCACCAAGCUUGAUCUUCAUCCUCCCAGGUCUCUUCUAUAUCCGCAUUGUACCGAUAGACCAGGAGCCAUUGUACUCAAGACCAAAAAUUCAGGCUAUAUGCUUCACAGCCCUGGGUUUCAUUUUCAUGUCAAUGAGUUUAACCUUCAUUACCCUGGAUUGGAUUAGUGGAGAGAACCGCAGUGGUGGGGGACACUAAAUCUCAACCACACACAGAAGGGGUCCAGUAUGCCUGCUCAGCAGAACACCAUCGAGCUGUCUCGAUGUAAACCCAGUUUUGGAACCUGAGAGAAGAGCAAAAAUAAACAAACAAAUGAAAAAAAAUCACUGGUAGGCUGGGCCCAUCUCAUCUCUGGUCCCUUCCCUCACUGAGUGAGAGGACCUGCUUCCCACCAUAUUUCAAAUUAAAUAGAGGAGUGGUUGUGGUGGAGGAUCUUGGCCAAACAUGAUGACAUGAUGCCCUUCUGAGGCAGUAACAUUCAAGAUCCUGAAUGCGGUUAUUUGCUUUGACAAUCCACAGAGAUAAAUGCUAAUUAGAUUUCUGAUUGCAAGUGAUUACAGAUGCAAACUUCCAAAAGUUCUUUUGCGAAGUCUGUAAGAGAAACCCCAAAAGCAGACGUGUUGGUUUAUUUUCUCCCUUCAGUGUAAACAGGAAAAAAAAAUCCACAUUUUGUCCUGGAAUCCAAAACCUACACAACUUUUUGAUUCUGUACAAUAUUAGUUUAAGGAUAAAUAGAUUUAUGCCAUGCACAGAUUAUUUUUGUUCUGUUGAUCUGCAACACUACAAUUCUGGGAGAAAACUUGAUCCAAAUUUCUCUGUCACAACCUGGUUCGGGUAAAAGCUGAAGUUCUUUACCUAAGUCACAAACCAUAAAACCUAAAUGCUGAAAUUGAGGGGGGGAAAAACAAAAACAAAACCCCACAUAUGAACUAUGUUAAAGCCACAAUCAGUGAUAUGUAAAGACAGCUUUAUUAACAGCAAACAUAUAACAUAAUUCUUAUGAAUUAUGAACUUACAAACUUAUUCUUAUGAACUAUUGUUAUGAAUAACAUCUUUAUGAUAUUUCAAGUGCCAAGUAUAAGCGGCAUUACCUCAAAAAAUAAAAUUGAAAAAAAAGAAAGGGGAAAAAAACCCCACAUGCCAACACUCAGGGUGUAAACCUUGUUAGUAGGUUCCUUGUUAUGCCUUAUUCGAUACUGGGUCUCAGACUGUUGCUUUCGAGUCCCUGAGUGUGGUUUUAAAGCAGAAUGGACAAAUUAGAAAGUAUAUUGAUUAAUCUGAGAUUUUUCAAAACAGCUUUUUGUUUACGGAGGAUUACAGUUAUACAGCAGAUUAGAAAACUGUAAAGGAAUUCAGUGCUGAACUAAUAGCUUUAAAGAAAAAAAAAUCAUUCAAUAAGAAGAACUAGAGCAAAGGCUCCAUUUGUAUUUAUUCCCACAAUGAAUGACUGACUGACUGACUGAAGCUUGAUAAUCCAGAGCUCAUUAUGUGCCAUUUACUAUCAUGUAUUUUUCAGCACUUCUACUGUGGCCUUUUGUUUUAGGCUGAUAUUUUUUCUGGGCCACAGAUAAAAUCCAAAGUGAAAAUCAUAAGAAGGAAACAAAACAUAUAUAUUUUGGUAUGGGGCUCAAUGAACCCCUUCAGACACAAGGAAAAAUGCGAUGGAACUUCAUGCUAUGGAAUUUCAUGUGUACAAUUGUAUACAUUAUGUCCGAAGGGAUUAAGGUUUAAAUUGCUUUUCCUCUGAGUCUAGAGGUCACUGUGAAGCAGUGUCUGUGAAAUAAUGUUUUCGAAAGCAGACUAAUAUCCAUGUCCCACAUAUAUCCGCAUAUACACAGAAGAAAAUCGAAAAUAUUCACUAUUAAGGUGAGACAAAUCUGCCUGCUUAAUGGAUACCAUGUUUUCAAAUUAAGGAUAAUGUUUAGGGAAUAUUUCCCAUUUAUUAAUGAUGUCUUGCCCACCACAUUUGACAUUUUUAGCUGAUAAAAUAUUGUCCCAAUAUCUCUAACAAUCAGCACACCAUAUUCCUCUUUGAGUAUUAAAGGGGGUUGGACUAUUUCAUACUCAUAGUUUACAGUGUAGCUAAAGCACAUUGGACAUAGCUGGUGUGGUUGCUGUCUGUUAGCUGUGCAUGCCAAUGUCAACGUGAACCUGACAAUUUACAGCCUGUGAACUUGACAAUUUUACAUUUAGCGUCAACAUUUAGCUUAAGUCUCGCUUGCUCUGUUAGUUUUUACAGCAUUUGUGUGCAAUAAAAUUAUUCAUACACUCAUGUAGCUCAAACUUUUUUUCUUGUUUUAUCCCCCAAACGCAAGCCAUUGCUGAAUUCAUGGGAAGUAGUGGUGUUGUUCUUGUUCUUUUAACAGCUCUGCAUCUUCUCUGCAUGUUUAAAGAAAAUGGUGCUAAUGUUUGAUGAAAUGACAGAAUUUUAACAGGAUAUCCAGUGACACCAAAGAUAUUUUGCCGCUGAUGAAGUUAUUUCAUCAACUGUACAUAUAUAUAUAUUUUUGGUUUUGUUUACUGUAUUGGCUGUUGACUUGGUCAUGCUUACAGUUCUCAAUAAAGAUCUGUAUUAUAUGA